UCCUCGAUACGUACGUAUUAGUUCUGUAUACACAAUUGGAAAACAGGAUGUAGUUUAUUCGUGUUCCUCCACUUUCGUGUUUGUGUAUAAAUGGAAGUACAUGUAUACAGACGGUGACCGUUGCACGAUUGUGUCAGUGACUGGAACGAUAUCUAUUCAUCCACUUGUCACAUGCAGUUCUCUCAUUGGUGUAUAGUCUAUCUCCUCGUUGCCUUGUCACCCUUCCCUACUUCAGAAUCUACUUGGUGCUCCGUUCAUAAAAUUAACACGAUGUUUACUUCCUGUAUAACGGCACAAAAGUCGGAAGGAAUGAUUUCCGAACAUUCCUUUAUAAAGAUUAAAAAAAUUCGGAUUAACGUUAAGUGGAAUGUGUCAUUACUAAUUGACAGGUGGUACGAAAUUAUGGAAAAGUGUUCGAUAUUGCGUUAAUAAAAGAAAAACGUAGAACGUUGUCCUUUUGAUAAAACUUUGACUUAUCGCGUGUGCUUUCACGCAUAAUAUUGCGUAAAUACUAUAUAUGUUAUGACAUUUUAAAGAUAUUGCUUGUUAUUGUCAAGAUAAGCGAAAAUUACUAUGUCAAUGUAUAAAAUAUAGUAUUUUAUUGAUGGAUAUCUGACUUGAUAACAUUAACAUAGAAAGAGGAACAAGUACUCCUUUAACCAAUCACUAUGUGAAUGAUGCAAAUUAUUAUGAAAUCUCAAGCAAUGAUGACAAUUCAAGUCCCUUGGAGAAAUUUUACUUAAUUACUGGACAAAGGUGGCACACAGAUACUGUGCUGCCUAUUCCUUUAUUGCCAUCUACAGAGGGAAUGUCUGCUCGAUCUCAUCACAGAUAUCAACUUUUUGUACAUAGGAUCCCACAGUCCAUAACGGGACUGGAUGAUGCUGGAAUGGAUUUGCAAGCAGCUCAACUCAGUACCCGCACAGGACAGGAGGUACGUUCCACUGCAACCUUAUCAUGGCUAGACUGGCAAUUGCCUCUGUUCGUAGCAGUUUGCGCCAUCGGUGGCGUCAUUCUCUUUACAUUUCUGAUUUUGUUAUGGCUGCGGAAACAAAUGUCGCGUGAAAAAGAUACCGAAGAUGGUGAUAGGAGAGGUUUGGUAGAGGAAGGUGCUGUGGGUCACCCGGAAAAAUCUAUAAAACCUGCAAAAGGAUCGAUUGAAUGGGUUCAUCAACCCGCAACGAAAUCAUCAGUUCAAUCUGUUCAACCUACUCGAUCUCUUACGCAAGACAUUGGUUUACCAGAAGUAAUGUCAGUAGCGACUCCAGAACGCAGACCGGAACCGAUACGUAUAAGAACUAAAGGAUUGUUAGAACGACGUGGUUCAAGCGCAAGUUUAACUAUAGAAUUGGCACCACCUCCGGAAAGUCCACCUCAUAUCGUUACACCUACUCGUGAAUGUACCGCAGAGGAAUUUCUAUUAAGCGCUGGAAACGUUUUAUCAAGAGCUCAACUUAAAAAGGCAAUCAGUGACACGGCAUCGUUACAUAAAGAAUUUUGGGAAGUUCCUCUUAAUUUACCCGAGAAAUUAGAUAUAUGUGGAUCUGGGGUGAAAAAUAGAUAUUGCUCUGUAUUACCAAAUCCACAAUCAAGAGUGAUUUUACCGGGUCCUUCUGAUGAUCCUCUUUCGAGUUAUAUUAAUGCCAAUUAUAUUCGGGGAUAUGAUGGAGAAAAUGCACGCUAUAUUGCAACACAGGGACCAUUAGCUCACACUGUGGAUGAUUUUUGGAAAAUGGUCUGGGCAGAAAAAGUACCCGCGAUAGUUAUGAUGACGAAACUAUACGAAGCCGCCAAAACAAAAUGCGAAGCAUAUUUUCCAUUGGAUAAAAAUAAUCGCAUACAGGCUGGACUGUUUACUAUUAUUGUUACUUCUAUUGAUACAAGAGAAGGAUACACGAUCAGAGAUUUGGAACUUCGAUAUGAAGGCGAAAGAAAACAUGUGCAGCAUUACUGGUAUGAUUCAUGGCCGGACCAUGCAGUACCUCAAACGGCGGAUACCCUUGUUAGUUUAGCUGCAGAAGUAAAUUCUUUACCAGGUCCGGUCGUUGUUCAUUGUAGUGCUGGAAUUGGACGAACUGGUUGUUUCAUAGCUUUAGCUACGGGAAUGACGCAGUUAUUACGAGAUGGGAAUGUAGACGUAUUGGGUAUUUUAUGCCAAAUGAGAUAUGAUAGAGGUGGUAUGGUUCAGACAGCAGAACAAUACGAAUUCGUUCAUCGUGCACUUUGUCUGUAUGAACAGACGCUUGAGGGUGGUAAAUCAUCAAGUUCAGGUGAUUGAAAUUACAAACAAAGUGAUUAUGGGAAUUGAUAAAAGUUCAAUAGAAGAAAAAGAAUUGGUCUUAGAAUUACUAUGAAAAGAUUUACUAUGAAAUGAAUAUGGUCUGCAACAUAUUACUAACGUCCGGGUGUGAAUAUUUGUACUAUGGAGGAAAUCCUAUGAAAAGAAUCUCAAUUUCAAUUCUAGACCAGCGGAUGUCUUAUUCGAUCUUCAGCUAUUCAAGAUGAGUUUUAUCUCACUAAAUAAGCUGCCAUUUCUAUACUGCCAUGACAAAUCGUUGACAAUUAAUAUCAGUCACAAAGCUCAACAUAAAGGUAAAUGGUUAUUGACUCAUGUUCUAAAGAGUUCUACAUUAUUCUUAAACGGAAUUAAAACUGUUUGACAAAAUAGAAAAAAAAAAAAAAAAGAAAAAAAAAAGAAAAAAGAAAACAAAAAAGAAAAAGAAACAAAAAGAAAGAAACAAGAAAAAAAAAAUAACUUCAAUUUGACUCGCGAGAUAUCAGGGUUUGUCAAAGUAUUGAUUCAGAUUUUUAUGCAUUCUCUGUGUGUUAUAAAUUAGAUUUGUUAGUUAUAAACAUUUGCAUCUAUGAUAUUCUCAGAGUUCUAUUCUUUCUACAUUAUGAGCAGUUCUUACUUAGCUUUCCAGUACAACUAUUACAAAACUAAUGUUGCUGUCUACUAUACAAUUACAAAAAUGAUAACAUUAAUAGUUAUAAUUAUUUCAAAAUGAAAUUUUAAAUAUACAGAAGAGCAAAUAAUUAUAAAAUUGGGACCCAGUUUAAUUAAAAAAUUUUUAUCCUAUUUGUAGUUCCUAGUUAAUUUUACAGUAAAAUGUACACAAUGAUUUACACAAUGAUUUUUUCCAUGAUUUUUAAUUAAUUUAUCAAUAAAGACUGAAUGCAGGUAGUACAAUACGUUUAUUAUAUAAGUUAUAAAUUUAACUAGAAAUGUUAUGCUUCUCUGAUACAAACCAAAAUCUAUGAUGUUAUAAGAUUGUAAGGAAUAUAGUCUUAUUUGAAAAAAAAUAAGAAAAAAGAUAAAUUGUAGAAUGAGUUUGUUAAGCUUUAAAGCAAACUAUUCAUUAUAUAG